AUGGCAUCUUCAUCAUCUUCUCCUUCUGCUCCAACCUUUUCUCCUCAAUCGUGGAAGUACCAUGUUUUUCUUAGCUUUAGAGGAGAAGAUACUCGUACGAGUUUUGUAGAUCAUCUCUACUCAGCUCUUGAACAACAAGCGAUCUACACCUACAACAACGGCAAAACACUUCCUCGGGGCGAAUCGAUCGGUCCAUCCCUUAUGAAGGCCGUAGAAGAAUCCCAAAUUGCUGUCAUCAUAUUCUCUGAAAACUAUGCAGAUUCUUCAUGGUGCUUAGAUGAACUUGUACAUAUUAUGGAAUGCAAGGAUAAGAGAGGCCAAAUCGUUAUGCCCAUAUUCUAUGGCAUAGAUCCCUCUGAAGUACGAAAACAAAAACGAAAAUAUGGAGAAGCCUUAGCCAAGCAUGAGUUGGAGAACAAGAAGAAGGCUAAAUCCUGGGGACAAGCAGUUGUGGAGGACCCUUGGGGAUUGCUCUCUGCACCUCGAGAACAAAUCCGGAAAUACCAAGAAGCCUUUGCCAAACAUGAGCUGGAGAACAAGAGGAAAGUUGAAUCUUGGAGAAAAGCACUUGUGGAUGCAAGUAACAUUUCUGGAUGGGAACCCAAGCACGUUGCCAACGGGCUUGAAUCAAGGGUUAUCAAAGAAAUUGUUGACACAAUUUCACAGAGGUUGCAGUUAGUACCUUCAAGUGCAAAUGAAAACCUGAUCGGAAUGGCGGUUCGAUUGCAAUGUUUGAAAUUAGAGUUACAAAUUGGGUCGGGAGGUGUGCGGAUGAUUGGAAUAUGGGGUGUUGGGGGUGGUGGUAAGACUACUCUUGCAUCUUCCAUUUAUGAUGAAAUCUUUAGCAAGUUUGAUGGUUGUUGUUUUGUAAAAAAUAUCCGGGGUGAAUCAAGCAAGAAUGGUUUGGUAAGCUUGCAAAAAAAAAUUAUUUGUGGUGUUUUGAAACAAAAGAAAGUACAGGGAAUAGAGAGAGUUGAGGAAGGAAGACGCAUGAUAAUUGAUAGGUUAUGCCAUAGAAAGGUCCUCAUUGUUCUUGAUGAUGUCGAUAAGCUUGACCAACUACAAGCAUUAGCUGGAUCACAUGAUUGGUUCGGUGAUGAAAGCCGAAUAAUAAUGACAACUAGAGAUGAGCAUGUAUUAAAUGCACACAAAGUAGAUGUGACACACACUAUUAGCUUGUUAAACAGAGAUGAGGCUAUUAAGCUCUUUUUUACAGUCCUCGGUUCUUUUCUUUGUGACAAAGACAUUAAUGAGUGGCAGAGUGCAUUAGUGAGACUGAAAGAGAUCCCAGAUACUGAUAUUGUGGAAAAACUAAAAAUUAGCUUUGAUGGACUUACAGAGCUUGAGAAAGAGUUGUUUCUAGAUAUUGCAUGUUUCUUUAGGAAGAAAAGGAAAGAAUUGGCAAUGGAGAUCCUUAAUGCUUGUGGUUUUCAUCCUGUUAUUGGAGUGAAGGUGUUGAUACAAAAGGCUCUCAUAACUAUUUCAGAAGAUGGAAAGUUUGAUAUGCAUGAUCUGGUACAAGAAAUGGGACACUACAUUGUUAGAGGGGAGCACCCUAACAAUCCUGAAAAACACAGUAGGAUCUGGAAGGAGGAAGACGUUCUGAAAAUAUGUGCUAUGGAUGCAACUACGGAAAUUGACAUGGUUGAAGUAAUAAGAUUUGAACACAGUAGUGAGAAUCUGAUACAGAUUCCUCCAAUUGUUGCAAACACGAAGAACCUUAGGUGGAUUGAGUGGGAAGGUGAUCUUGCAACUCCAUUGCUUACUAACUUUCCACAAAGGACUCUUUGUCGUCUAGUAUUGAAUAACAGCUUGCAAAAACAACUUUGGGAGGGUUAUAAGCUGCUGCCUAAUUUGAAGACAAUCGAACUUUGGGAUUUGGAUAACCUAAUCAUGACACCAGAUUUUGAUGGACUUCCAAAUCUUGAAACAUUCAAGCUUGGGGGAUGUUUGUAUUUAGAAGAGAUUCAUCCAUCGAUUGGUCUCUUGGAGAGGCUUGUUUUCUUAUCUAUAGGAAGUUGUUGGAGACUUAAAAUGUUUCCACCCGUUACCCGAUUAAAGAAACUCGAGACCCUUACAUUCUUUGAAUGCCCUGAACUUUUUAAGCUCUCAGCAACCCAACAGAACAUGGAGAAUUUACCACAUGUUCAUUUGGAUAAUAACAGUGGGAGUGAAGUUUCAUCCUAUAUAGAAACUAGUCCAAAGUUUUUUGUUGUCUGUUGGAAGUGUGGUUGCAGCAAUCUCCUUGGUGUAGAUUGCUGUGUGGAGGAGCCUUGUUUACGCGACAACAUGAACCGCAUAGGCUUGCAGUUUUUUCUAAAGGACCUGAGAAAUUUGAAUCUUGGUUUGUGCAGUUUGGGAGAUGAAGAAAUCGGCUCUGCUGUUUGGGAGUUACCCAACUUGCAAGAACUUAAUCUAAGUGAAAAUAAAUUCUCACGAUUAGAUUUUAGUCUCUUGCAACUUCCUCGACUCAAAUUGCUCAAUGUGUCAUGGUGCAAAAACCUUGUAGAAUUGUUAGAGCUGCCAUCAAGUAUAGCUGUUGUUGAUGCGAAACAUUGUAUCUCACUUGAAAGCUUUGGAGAUAUCUCAAACUGUAAAUGGUUGUGGUAUGUCUUGCUUCAGAUGGGGAACAACCUUUGUGUUGACAGUUUACUAGACUCCAUGCUCCAGGGUAAUGCUAGUGAAAGUUACUUUAUCAAUAUCAUUCUUGAAGAUCAGAUUCCAAAUGGGUUUGUUGGUGGGCUUUUUAUGGGGAGAACAUUUACACUGCAUCUUCCAGAUGAUUGGUACAAUGAGUUUUGCGGGUUUCAGAUAUGUGUUGUUACCCGAAUGCUAUCUCCUUAUAUUGAUAUAGUCAUCAAGCAGGAGGUAGAUGAAGAUUCUCGAUCUGAGCUUUGUCAGGAGUACUCUGAUGAAGCAGUAGAGCCUGAAUAUGAUGAAGCAACGACAUGUGUAGGAUAUGUUUCCUUUGGUUCAUUGAGGGGCACGGCAUUUUCAAAUUCAUCAUAUGCCAGGACUUCAAUUUUCUUAGAGUGCAUGUAUGGGAAUUCAUCUCACAGUUAUGUUGGGGCUAAACUUGUUCCUAGGAAAAGUAAAGGUGGUGAGGUGAAAAAAACAAAAGUUGCUAUAGAUUUCUCCGAAUUUUGGGACAAACAACAUGAAGAUGGAAACACAUUUACGAUCGAACAUGAUUCAAACUCUUAUAUAAAUAUUUUAUGGCAAUCGUUAUGA